AUGAUAGUUGGGUGUUAAACUGUGAAAAUAUCUGUACAGGGGUUAUUUUGUUUCUUCUCCUGGGAUAUCGGCUCUGUAAUGCUGUAAUUUUGAAGGGAUAUCCCAGGAAAGCAAUAUGGGUAUAUGCUUCAAAAUUAUAUGCCUUAGUCUGGUGGAUUUUUUUUGUUGUCUUUUGUAGGCCAGCUGGAUUAUGUAAGGAUGCAGUGUCUGUCGCAGGUCUGUCCUAUUUCUUGCCAGAUGGGAUGCGAUCUUUUGAUUGUUUCCCUUUUGCUUGUGCCGCUGGAAUUGGAUUAUUUUGUCAUCAAUACUCAGUAUUCCAUAAGGUCUAUCGCCAAGUAGCUCUUAACUGCAUUGGCCGGCCACCAGCGGAAUUUCCAAGUCGAAGGCCAACCCUCUAAAUGGUAAAACUUUGCCAUCUUCGGUCCCAACAAAGCAUAUUUGUCGAGUUCCAAUCGCAGCCUUCAAUCCUAGAGAGGCCAAAACCCUACAUAUACACAAACUCUGUAAUCUCUGUCUGUCCCCAUCUUUCUGUCUGAAAUCUGAUACCGUGAACAUGUGCAUGGAUAUGAAGGUUACAGUAACUCAGAGCAAUUAGCACUUUCCAGCUACUGUGGAGAACAAGAGGUGCAGCUGCAAAUUGUUGCCAACUCUUAACUAUUUCUCUACUUAGCCUGAUCUCCAUGCUUUCUUUCUCUCAUGCAAGCAGUGAGGGGAUAGUUAGCAUACAGUCAAGGGAGGCCACGUUGAAAGAGGAAAUCAACCUAACGACUUACAUUGUUUAUGUCCAGAAACCAGAAGGCAAAAUUUGAAGGAGUAAGAGGACUUUUAUAACUGGUACCAGACAUUUUUAUCAGUUACCAGCUCAACCAUUGGCCAUCAAGAACUCAUUGUGUAUUCCUAUUGGAAUGUGGUAACUGGUUUUGCUGCGAAACUGACCGCAGUGGGAGCAAAAGCCAUGGAAAAGGUUGAACGAGUUAUGAAAGUCCAUCCUCAAAGAUUAUUGCCUUUUCACACAACUCAUAGUCCUGAUUUCUUAGGGCUGCAUCAAAAUAUUGGAUUUUGGAGGCAAUCAAAUUUUGUGAAGGAAGUGAUUAGUGGAGUUCUAGACACGGGAAUGACCCCUAGUCACCCUUCCUUUAGUGAUGAAGGAAUGCCUCCUCCAGAAAAAUGGAAAGGCAGAUGUGAGUUGGUGAAAUGUAAUAACAAGUUAAUUGGUGCAAGAAACUUAUGAAAUGAUGAACAAGGUCAGCCCCCAUUAGAUCAGGAUGGGCAUGGCACUCACACGGCUAGCGCAGCUGCUGGAAAUUUUGUGCAAUGUGCCAGUGUGUUUGAGGACGGUGUUGAUGGGAUUUCAAUCUCCAUUGGCGGUGCUUCUACACCUUUCUAUGAAGAUGAGACUGCAGUGGGUGCAUUUGGGAUACCAAGAAUCAGCAAAAGGCAAGAAGUAAAGGAUGCUGGAGGCGCUGCCAUGAUUCUCAUGAAUGAUGAGCUCAAUGGAUUUAGUACAAUAGCUGAUCCUCACGUACUUCCUGCAACAAAUGUGAGAUACACGGCAGGAAUGAACAUCCUAAACUACAUCAAUUCGACAUCAAAACCAACUGCCACUAUCUUGUUUGAAGGAACUUUUUCCGCUCCUGCCAUAAAAUCUGCAAUCAUGACUACCGCUGAUUUAGUGACCCUAGAUGGUCUGCCAAUUCUAGAUGAAUCACAGUCUCCAUCCAACUUAUUUGCGAAUGGUGCAGGCCAUGUUAACCAGUCAAAGGCAAACGAUCCAGGACUUGUUUAUGACAUGCAACCUGAUGAUUACAUUCCUUAUCUAUGUGGCUUAGGUUACACAGAGGACCAGGUUAGAGUCAUAGUGCGGCAAUCAGUGAAACGCUCAAAUGACACCAAAAUUGCCGAAGCAGAGCUAAAUUAUCCUUCAUUUUCGAUUGUAUUAUGGUCUACCAACCGCACAUACACGAGGACAGUGACAAACGUUGGCCAUGCUAAUUUAUCUCACACUCUGAACAUUGCUGCACCACCAGCGGUAGACAGUAGGGUAACGACUAACAGAAUUGAGUUCACUGAGGUGAAGCAAAAAGCAACAUUCUCAGUGACAUUUAGGCUAAGCUGGAAAACUUCUGCAGCCUUUGUUAAAGUUGCUCAGGAAGUGGAAGUUUUGCCCAAGAGCAAAGAAAAUGAGAAAAGCAGCUUAUCAACUUACAUUGUUCACCUUAAGAAACCUGAGGGAGUCCUUACACAAGCAGUAGACUUAGAUGGUUGGUAUCAAUCAUUCCUCUCGGUCACCAGCUCCAGCAAGCAAAGACGGAUGGUUUAUUCCUAUCGAAAUGUGAUAACAGGAUUUGCUGCAAAAUUAACAGCAGAGGAAGCAGAAGCAAUGAAAAGAAAGGAAGGGAUCAUAUCUGCUCGUCCUGAAAAAGUAUAUUUUCUACAUACAACACACAGUCCUAACUUUUUGGGGUUGCACCAAAAUCUUGGAGUUUGGAACCAAUCAAAUUAUGGUAAGGGAGUAAUAAUUGGACUUUUAGACACUGGAAUAACCCCAGGUCAUCCUUCAUUCAGUGAUGAAGGAAUGCCUCCACCACCAGUGAAAUGGAAGGGGAAAUGUGAAUUCACUACCGGAUGCAAUAACAAGCUGAUUGGUGCAAGAAAUUUUGCAGAAGAUGUGGCAGGGCCACCAACUGAUGAGGAAGGUCACGGAACUCACACAGCUAGCACGGCUGGUGGAAAUUAUGUGGAGGGUGCCAAUGUGUUUGGCAAUGCCAAUGGCACAGCUGUAGGCAUGGCACCUUUAGCUCACUUGGCAAUGUACAAAGUAUGUGGAGAGGGCUGUUCAGAAAGUGCAAUAUUGGCUGCAAUGGAUGCUGCUGUUGAGGAUGGAGUGGAUAUCCUCUCACUUUCAUUAGGCGGUGGUUCAGUUCCCUUCUUUGAAGACUCAAUUGCGGUGGGUGCAUUUACAGCUAUUCAAAAGGGUAUAUUUGUGAGCUGUUCAGCUGGAAAUGAGGGUCCUCUCCAUGGUACUUUAUCGAAUGAGGCCCCAUGGAUUUUUACAGUCGGAGCAAGCACCAUUGACAGGAGCAUAGCAGCAAUAGCGAAGCUAGGAAAUGGGUUGACAAUUGAUGGUGAAUCGCUUUUUCAGCCUAAAGAUUUCCCUUCAACAUUACUGCCUCUUGUCUAUGCAGGGGCAAAUGGAAAGGCAUCAUCCGCAUUUUGCGCCCCUAGAUCAUUGAGAGAUGUUGAUGUCAAAGGAAAAGUGGUAUUGUGUGAAAGAGGUGGGGAUAUCGGAAGAAUUGACAAAGGCCAAGAAGUGAAGGACAAUGGUGGAGCUGCCAUGAUCCUCAUGAAUGACAAGCUUAAUGGCUUCAGUACAAUAGCUGAUCCUCACGUACUUCCUGCAACCCACGUGAGUUUCUUGGCUGGUUUGAAGAUUCAAGAGUAUAUAAACUCAACAUCAGAACCAACAGCUACAAUCUUGUUCAAAGGUACCGUGAUAGGAAAUCCAUCUGCUCCUGAAGUUACUUCUUUCUCCUCAAGAGGCCCCAAUAUGCAAAGCUUUGGGAUCUUGAAACCAGAUAUUCUUGGCCCUGGUGUGAGCAUUCUAGCUGCAUGGCCAGUUUCUGUGGAAAACAAAACAAAUACAAAGUCAACAUUCAACAUGAUUUCUGGCACUUCCAUGUCUUGCCCUCAUCUCGGUGGGAUAGCUGCUUUGCUCAAAAGCUCACAUCCUGACUGGUCUCCAGCUGCUAUAAAAUCUGCUAUCAUGACUACGGCUACUUUGGUAAACCUUGGAGGGAAGCCCAUUGUUGACCAAACAAAAGCUCCCGCUGAUAUCUUUGCUACUGGUGCAGGCCAUGUUAACCCAUCAAAAGCAAACGAUCCUGGCCUAAUCUAUGAUAUCCAACCAGAUGAUUACAUCGCUUAUUUAUGUGGCUUGAAUUACACUGACGAAGAGGUAGGAACUAUUGUGCAAAGAGCAGUGGAAUGCUCCAGUGAAUCAAUAAUAGCUGAAGCAGAGCUAAACUAUCCUUCAUUUUCUAUAAUAUUGCCAGAAUCUGGUUCUCAGACAUACACGAGAACUGUAACAAACGUUGGCCCAGCAAGCUCAUCCUACACCUAUGAAGUUGUUGCACCAACAGGAGUAGACAUUAGUGUACAACCGGAUCACAUUGCUUUUACAGCGGUGAACCAGAAGGCAACUUACUCAGUGACAUUUAGCAGACAAAAGGACAUCAGCUUGCAAUUUUCCCAAGGACUUCUCACGUGGGUUUCUGCUCAGCAUAAUGUUACAACCCCAAUUGUCGCCAUAUUUGCAUAA